AUGGCGCGACUAGGGAAGCUAGAUGAGUACGACGAGAAGGAUCAGAAUUUUGAAUCCUAUUUAGAACGCUUCGAGCAUUUCGUCACAGCAAACGAUAUCAAAGAGAAAAAGAAGCUGGCCGUAUUCUUGGGCGUGAUAGGACCACGAACGUACGAGGUGCUGAAAAGUUUGCUAGUGCCCGCCGUUCCUGGGGAAAAAUCCGUUCAAAAGGUGACAGUGCUGUUACAGAAGCACUAUAGCCCAAGCUGUUCGGUCAUCGCUGAACGUUGCAAAUUUAACAGGCGAGUACAAGAAGAACAAGAAAGCGUCGAGGACUUCAUAGUGGCCUUAAAGCAUUUAGCAAGGAAGUGCGAUUUCGGUCUGUUCCUGCAAGACGCACUGCGAGACAGAUUAGUGGCCGGCAUAAGACGCGAAGAAACGCAACUCGCCUUGUUUGCUGAAGAAAAUUUAACCUUUGAUAAGGCGUGCAAGAUAGCCUUGGACUGGGAGCAGGCUGCGCGACAAACAGCUUAUACGCCGCGUGAAUCAAAGCGAUUGGGCAACGCCAGUGGUUGUGAUUCAGAAAAAAGAUGGCUCGCUGAGAUUGUGCGGGGACUACAAAGCGCGACUGAGUCUGCAAAUCAUCAGCUGCCAGUAUCUGAAUCGCCCACGCCCGGAACAGCUGCCCCCGGCUCUUCGAACCAGCCAGACCCUGCAUCUACAGCCGAGCUGCAGUCUUCGUCGUAG